AUGCUUUCGGCUGAAUUCCACGGUUUAUGCCACGAAACGUCGUCGGACCACCCGGGUCCUCGAUGCGGGCACACGUUAACCGCGUUACAGUGGGACGGCGUGCACAGAUUGGUCGCGUUUGGAGGCGCGACGGCGUUGGAAAAUGCACAUUCAAAUGCGACGACGACAACGGACAAAAACGCGAACGCGAACGCGAAUACGAACAGCAGUAGUUCUUCGGGGGUACGUUUAGCCGGAGCGACGAACGACGUGCACGUGUUCGACGUGAAGUCUGGGACGUGGCAAAAAUUGCGCCCGAGCGGGGAUCCUCCGAGUCCGAGAGCCGCGCACGCGUCCGCCAACGUCGGGGGCAUGUUGGUCGUCCACGGAGGCAUAGGUCCGAGCGGGUUGAGCGGACCGGAUUUACACGUCCUCGAUUUGGCGAAUUAUCACGCCGCGAAUAACAACAACAAGAACGAGAACGAGAACGCGACAAAUAGUUCCUCGUCGAAACCUGCGAAAGAGCUGAAGUGGCAGCGCGUGGUUGUGUCCGGGGAAGGACCGGUGCCGAGGUACGCGCACUCGCUGGCGUUUGUCGCCGGACGAUAUUUGGUGUGCUGUUGCGGCAACGACGGGUCGAAGUGUUUGGACGACGGGUGGGUUUUGGAUACCGCGGCGAAACCGUACGCGUGGAAACGUUUAGAGGCGACUGGUGAUGUGCCGAGUCCGAGGAUGUACGCGAGCGCGUGCGCCAGGAGCGAUGGUUUGUUGCUGCUCACGGGAGGGAGGAACGCGAAAGGCGAAGCGGUGGCGGACGCGAGGGGAUUGGCGAGACACAGAGACGGGACGUGGGAGUGGGCAGCCGCGCCUGGGCAAGCACCUUGCGCGAGGUAUCAACACGCGAGCGCGUUCGUAGAGGCGAGGUUACACGUGAUUGGCGGGACGAAUGGGGGUGGGACAACCGUGCCCGAGGAUUGCGCGGUGGCGGCGUUGGAUACGAGCGCGAGCGGAAGAGCCGGGUGGCGGAAGAUUACGAACGGUGGUGGGGAAGAAUUCGACGCUUUGAAAGAUGCGAAGAGAUGCAGACACGCGACGGCCGCGGUUGGUCCGCUAUUAAUUACCUACGGUGGGUUGCGUGGCGGCGAAUUGUUAGGCGACGUCAUCAUCGCGGAGGAACCGCCGGAGCUUUCUGGAAAGAGCCGAGAAAGCGACGCGGACUCCAUCGGUGGCAUUAGCAGUCCAGGUAGCCCGGGAAGUUCGAACGGUAGCGGCACGAGCACUCGAGCGAGAGAGUUACGAUUACACAUCGACCACAGAAGUCCGAGUUGGGCGAGAUGGCUCGCGGAUGUUAAAUUGAGCCGAGAAGUUGCCGGUCCGAAUGCGAGCCCGUUCGCGGGGCUGAACAACAAUCAACCGUCUCACCACAUGAUGAACGGUUCGGACGAAGAAGACGAGGAAGAAUACAUGCGAAAUAGAGGUGGCGUCUUGCGCGUCGGUGGUCGAACGUUAUCGAGCGAAGAUUUGAGAGAUUUGGCCGCGAAAGAGAACGCGAAAGAUGUCGUCACCGCGUUUGGGUCUCCCGCGGAAGUCGCCGGAGGGUUUCGAAACCGAGUGAGUCGUGAGAGCGACAACGACGGCAACACGGACUCGCCGGGUUCCCCGGAUCAAGUGAUGAACGAAACCGCGCAGCUUCGAUUAGCGACGAAUGCAACCGCGGAAGCCGCAGCGGCUAUGGAAUUAGUUUCUCAAAGACGAUUACAAUCUCUCGCGGCGGAUAGUUCGGACCAAGACUCGCCGACGGAUUCGCGAGACUCCAAAGGAAGUCUUCGAACGCCGCAAAAUAGACGCAUGACGCCAGGAUCGAAUCCGCGAUUGAGAGACUCGAGCGUUCGCUUGCACCACCGCGCGGUGGUAGUUGCAGCCAUGGGGGAUAGCGGUGGACCUUUUUCCAGUUCAGGUAACGGAGGAUCGGGAGGAUACAACAGUAGCUUUGGUAAUAACAACGACGCGAGUGGCGGGAUGGACUCUGCCGGCGGAUCCAAUUCCAAACGAUUGGGGAGCUUAGUAAGACAAUUAAGCAUAGACCAGUUUGAAAACGAAGCGAGACGGAUAGGCACACCAGAGUUUGGCAACGGCGGCGGCACGAACUCGCCGGGCUACGCCAACGGCGGCACGCCGCAACGGUUCGCCCGGGAACAACGAGCCUCGAAUUUAGGCCACGUGCCGGCGCACAAAACCGUCUUGUCUGCGUUGUUAAACCCAACCUCGUGGGAAGCGCCACCGAACAGGGCAUUUUUCAUGAACGCGGCGCAAAUUGACGAGCUUUGCGACGCCGCCGAAGCGGUUUUCAAAAGCGAAAACACGGUGUUGCGCAUCAACGCGCCGGUGAAAAUUUUUGGAGAUUUGCACGGUCAAUUUUACGAUCUCAUGCGUUUAUUUGCCGAAUACGGAAGUCCGUCCACGGCGGGCGAUAUCGCUUACAUCGAUUACUUGUUCCUUGGCGAUUACGUCGAUCGAGGGGCGCACUCGUUAGAAACCAUCGCGUUGUUGUUGGCGUUGAAAAUCGAACACCCAGAAAACGUGCACUUGCUGAGAGGGAACCACGAAGAGGCGGAUAUCAACGCGUUGUUUGGUUUCCGCAUCGAGUGCGUGGAACGGCUCGGUGAGCGCGUCGGCGAACACGCUUGGCGCAGAUUCAACGCACUUUUCGAAUGGCUCCCGUUAGCGGCGGUCAUCGAAGACAAGGUGUGUUGCAUGCACGGCGGCAUCGGUCGUUCGAUUGAAACCAUCGAACAAAUCGACCAGCUCGAACGCCCGUGUUCUAUGGAAUCCGGAGGAUUAGAACUCAUGGAUUUGCUCUGGUCGGAUCCGACUGAAAACGAUUCCGUGGAAGGCUUGCGACCGAACGCGAGAGGUCCCGGCUUAGUGACGUUCGGCCCGGACCGCGUCAAACAGUUUUGCGAAAAUAACGGUUUACAAAUGAUUGUUCGAGCGCACGAGUGCGUCAUGGACGGCUUUGAACGCUUCGCGCAAGGCCAACUGUUGACGUUAUUUUCCGCGACGAACUACUGCGGGACGGCAAAUAACGCGGGUGCAAUUUUAGUUUUAGGACGCGAUUUAACGCUCUACCCGAAACUCAUCCACCCGUUACCGCCGGAAGCGAUGGAUUCGGCUUCGCCCGGAGAAUUCGACCACGCGUUGUGGAUGCAAGAAAUCAACCGCGAACGUCCGCCGACGCCGCCGAGGAAAAAUAGCUUUUUUGGUAACUGA